UUUCGAGGACUGUGACAAGCACCAGCCUUGGCCCGAGUCCCCAGAGCCAGGACCAUGGUGCACAACCAAGGGCUUCCUGCCGAGGCCCCAGAGACGAACCUUGGAGCUGCCCAGGACGGGUCAGAGUCGCAGAGAUCAAGGGAGUCGCCCCCUCAUCAGGGCGUCUCUGCCGGGAGCCCUGGUCCUGAGAAAACAGCGGAGCAGGGGGUCUCUGCCGCAAGCCCAGUUCAUGAGGAAACAGCAGUGGAGGGGGUCUCUGCCGGAAAGCCUGGUCCUGAGAAAACAGCAGAGGAGGGGGGCUCUGCCCCUGCUGGCCCCAGGGACCAAAGCCAGCACACCUCUGUGGGCACAUCUGUCACCAGCCACUCCUCCACCCGCGGCGUGGAACCCGUGGCCUCCAACCUCCCGUGUGCGCAGCCGCCAUGUGAGUCUCCCGGCUCAGGCGAGAAGAGAAAGCGCUCGGCAGGUGGCAGAGAGGCCGAGGAGGAGGCAGAAGAAAAGGCCCUUUAUUAUAUGAAGGUCCAGGCCGUGAACGGCGUCUCGGUGGCCUGGGAGACCGGGGCCGGCUUUGAAGCCAUUCGGAAGCGGCCUCGGAUCUUUAAGAGCAAGUACAUCGGCGGAGAAAGCUUUGCCGGCUCGGACCUGAGCAGCUCCCACACCAAGUCCGAGCUGGGGGACGUGGACCCAGAGGCAGAGUGCGGCGUUGAGGGGCCGGCAGAGGAGGCGCCGCAGCAGCCGACGGGAGCGCCCCCGGAGUGGCUCCUCACCAUGGAGCAGGGCGUGCGGUGCCUGGCCUGCUGCCGAGUCUUUCCCAGCCUGGAGGCCCUGACCCAGCAUGUUAAGCAGGGGCUGCGCGAAGGCUUCAGCUGCCGCGUGUACUACCGGGUGCUGGGGCAGCUGAGGGCGAGAGACAGGUCCCAGGGGAGACGGCAACGCGGGGGCCGGGGACGCCAGCCACGCGUCCGGGAGUGCAGCAAGUGUGGGGGACAGAUACGGCGCCCCCGCACGGCUGCCCAAUCGGCCUGGCUAGGCCGUGCCGGGGGGAGCCCAGCUGCUGGCUGA